UCGACGGCUGAUGCUCUCUGGACAUCCUCCCAUUAUCUGAUUGAAUCCAAACAAUUCAAGUGCUUCUUCUUCUACCCCACACAUCAUGAAGGGUAUGCAUACCCCUCACUGCUGCUUCCCCCCUCCCCGCUCACCACUGACCACCUUCCAGCUUUAAUUCUUGUCGGAGGGUUCGGAACCCGUCUGCGUCCUCUGACUCUCACCCUCCCUAAACCCCUCGUCGAGUUCGGUAACCGACCUAUGAUCCUGCACCAAGUUGAGAGCUUGGCUGCUGCGGGUGUCACCGAUAUCGUUCUCGCUGUCAAUUACCGCCCCGAUGUCAUGGUCGCUGCCCUUAAGAAGUACGAGGAGCAAUACGGUGUCAACAUUGAGUUCUCCGUCGAGUCGGAACCGCUGGGUACGGCUGGUCCGCUCAAGCUGGCAGAGAAGAUCCUCGGAAAGGAUGACUCGCCAUUUUUCGUUCUCAACUCCGAUGUCAUCUGUGACUACCCCUUUAAGGAACUAGCCGACUUCCACAAGGCCCACGGCGACGAGGGCACCAUUGUGGUGACCAAGGUUGACGAGCCCUCUAAGUACGGUGUCGUCGUCCACAAGCCCAACCACCCCUCCCGCAUCGACCGUUUCGUUGAGAAGCCCGUUGAGUUCGUCGGAAACCGCAUCAAUGCCGGUAUCUACAUCCUGAACCCCAGUGUGCUCAACCGCAUUGAGCUCCGCCCGACUUCGAUUGAACAGGAGACUUUCCCCGCGAUCUGCAAGGAUGGCCAGCUCCACUCAUUUGACCUCGAGAGCUUCUGGAUGGAUGUCGGCCAGCCUAAAGACUUCCUUACUGGUACCUGCCUGUACCUCAGCUCCCUGGCCAAGCGCAACCCCAAGCAGCUCGCCUCCAACUCCGAGCCCUACGUCCACGGCGGAAACGUCAUGGUCGACCCGUCAGCCAAGAUUGGCAACAACUGCCGCAUUGGCCCUAAUGUCGUGAUUGGCCCUAAUGUCGUGAUCGGGGAUGGCGUUCGUCUCCAGCGCUGUGUUGUGAUGGAGAACAGCAAGGUCAAGGACCAUGCUUGGAUCAAGUCUACCAUUGUGGGUUGGAACAGCUCCGUCGGUCGCUGGGCUCGUCUCGAGAACGUCACCGUUCUGGGAGACGAUGUGACCAUCGCCGAUGAGGUAUACGUCAACGGUGGCUCUAUUCUGCCACACAAGAGUAUCAAGCAGAAUAUUGAUGUUCCUGCGAUUAUCAUGUAA